UUGAUAAAAGCCGGUCCGACACACACGUGACGCAAUCAGUUCCCUCCGAACUCUCAUUCUUCGAGCAAUGAUCGACCGGUUAGAGCAUACGAUGUACGAAAUAGACAGUUGCUUAUUCGAGAUUCCCAGUGUGGAGAAAACUCCAAACAAGUACGACGACCGAAUCCCAGAUAUGGGUGAAUUUUACAAAAAGAAAAUAGAAGAACAAUUACGUGAAAAUGACAAUCUUCGGGUGCAAGGUCUUCAACAACUUCGCGAUUGGAUCGCCAAGCAUCCACACAUCAGAAAGUGUCGAACGGAUAGUCAGUUUCUGCUUAGGUUUCUCCGCAGCAAGAAGUACUCCAUCAACAAUGCGACGGAAACACUGGAACGGUACCUGGUCUGUCGUGCGCUGCAUCCUGCCUGGUUUACCCUACUGGAUAUUGAAGAUCCGGACAUAAAUGCCCUUUUCGAGGCUGGAUAUCUGUUCCCAAUGUUGGAGCGUGACAGCAAAGGUCGCACUUUGAUAUUCAACGAAACCGCUCAGAUGGAUCCGACAAGAUUUACGGCCGCGCAUGUUGUCCGUCUUCACGCGUUGAUCAUCGAGUCCCUAUCCGAUAUGCCGGAAGUGCAAUGCGCCGGGCUGGUUGUAAUAUACGAUGUGUCCGGGCUAACACUGGCUCAGCUAAGUUUGGUGUCGUUGAGGGAAAUCAAGCUCCUAGCACAGCAUCUGAGCAAGGCCAUGGCGAUAAGUUUUCAGGAGAUGCACUUUGUCAAUGCCCCCGGGGCGGCGCUUACCAUUGCCAACUUCGCUCUGCAGAUGCUCAGCGACAAAAUGCGGGAGCGUGUAUUUUGCCACCGCAACUGGGAGGAACUAUACGCGAAAGUGGACAGAAACCUACUACCGAAGGAGUUCGGUGGGAAAACCCCAAAGGCGGAGUGUAUUAGCGCAGGAAGGCUUCACAUGCAGAAGAUACGCAACCGUUUGCUCAACAACGACAAUAUGGAGAUUGAAAUUACCAAAGAUUCCAAGUACUGGCAGGAAGCGAAUGAUACCGAGCUAGAAACUGGUGCCAUAGGUAGCUUCCGACAGCUUGCAGUGGAUUAAAAAUACCAAAAACCAGUUCCUAUUGUAUGGGGUUGGUUUUGUCGAUACCGU